AUGGAAGCUGAGUCCUGGAGCCUAGUCCCGAACCUCAAUCUCUUCGCCAAGAAAUUCCCCGUACCAGGUCUAUCACCUAUGUAUCCAGACGUGUAUUGUUCAAAUAAUGGAGAGGUAUGUCACGCUACUACUGGGGAAGGCGAAAUCAACGCCGCCCUCUCCACAGCCGCCCUCCUGGCCUCCCCUCUCUUCAACCUAACCACCACCUACAUCCUCGUCACUGGCAUCUCCUCUAUCUCCCCCAAACACGGGACCCUUGGCUCCGUAACCCUACCCCUCUACUCCAUUCAAUUCUCCCUUGUCCACGAACUCUCCGCUCUCCAAACCCCCGCAAACUUCUCCUCCAACUACAUCCCGCUCGGUGCAAAAGCACCAGACCAGUAUCCUGUGUACUUGUUUGGCACUGAGGUGUUUGAGCUGAACGACGCAUUACGAAAGGAAGUCGCCAGCUACGCCAAACGCGCAUAUCUAAACGAUUCCGACUCCGCAAUCUUCUACCGCAGUCUCUACUACUCUAAGAAUGGAGAAUACACGCCUGGCGCCGCACCCCCUGGCAUCGAACUCUGCGACAGCAUCACGAGUGAUACAUGGUACAGUGGGUCGAAGAUCGGGGAGGCAAUUGAAGGGUACGUCAAACUCGUCACCAACAACCAUGGGGUAUACUGCACCGCCGCACAAGAAGACUCCGCCAUCCUCGCGGCUCUAUUCCGCGGGACCCUCCACGUACCACGCCUUGUCGAUUUCGACCGCGUAAUUGUCCUGCGCUCUGGCGCCGAUUUUGACCGCGAGCACUGGCGCCAAGAAGCUGCUCAGAAUCUUCUCUGGGUGGAUUCGCCGGGACGGGCCCCUGCGCUGAGGAAUAUUGGUAUUGCGGGUGGGAAGAUUGUGAGUGGGAUUUUGGGGAAUUGGACUAGGGUUUUUGAGAAGGGAGUUAAGGCUGAGAAUUAUGUGGGUGAUGUGUUUGGGACAGCGGGGGGGACGCCGGAUUUUGGGCCAAAGAAGCGCCCUGGGAAGGGAGAGGAUGGUAAAGGGAGUAUGGUGAUUGGGGAAGUGUUGUAG